AUGCAUUCACCUUUUGUAUUAUGUCUGCUCGAGCCUUUCAGCUCGUCUGAUUGGCUUGAGUUUUUCAGAAUUCGCUUUAAUUUUGAUAAUGUAUUUGCUUCUGAUAAUAAUAAAAUUUGGAUUUUUUGGAAUAAUGAUUUGGCAAUAACAUUCGAGAGUCAGACUGAGCAGUGCGUCACGAUUUCUUGUGUACAUUCUACGGUUCUCACGCCUUUCUGGCUCUCAUUUGUUUAUGCCAAAACCAAGGAACGUCUUCGGGACCCGUUGUGGGCUGAGCUGAAAGCUAUAUUUUCUAUGAUUCCCGGGGGAGUUCCUUGGUCGGUGGCGGGUGAUUUUAAUUGCUUGCUAAGUGUGGACGAGAAAAAAGGUGGGCUUCCGUACUCACAUCGGAAGACUACUGAUUUUCAGGAGUGUGUCAGUGCGUGUGACUUGAUUGAUGCGGCUUAUUACGGUUCCCGUUUCACCUGGUGGAAUGGGCGGCGUAAGGACGCGGCUAUAUGGAUGCGUUUGGACCGGUUCCUUUACACCUCGGUGUGGGAAUCGGUGGUACCGAAGCAUUUUGUUUUCCUGAACGUGUGGAUUAAGCACGAAGAUUUUCUAAGGGUGGUGCGUGAUAGCUGGCGGGUUCCUGUUGAGGGGGCCCCUAUGUUUGUAAUCGCCACCAAGUUGAAUAGAUUGGGUAAGGUUCUGAGCAGGUGGAGCAAGACUAUGUUUGGGGAUAUCUUUGUGAAGCUCCGUGAAUAUGAGGAUAGUGUUCAGACCCUUGAAGCUAUUGCAAUUGAGGAAGAAUUUCGGCAGCAGAAGGCGCGUAUCACCGAGGUUCAGGAUGGGGACAGAAACUCCCGGUUCUUUCACUCUGUUGUUAAGGCACGCAGGCGUAAGCUAUAUAUACACAGGGUUAAGGAUGGUGACGGCGUGUGGUUGGAAGAUAGGCAAGGGAUUGCUAAUCAAGCAGUCUCUUUCUUUGAGCAUAUGUUCACCGCAGAGAUUGGGGGUUUUGAUCUGGCUAGGUUGGAUUGUGUCCCAUGCUUGGUUACUGAAGAGGAUAAUGAGCUUUUAACGGCCAUGCCUGAGGUGGAGGAGGUGAAAGCGGUGGUAAUGCAAAUGAACUCUACGAGUGCAGCAGGGCCGGAUGGUUUCUCGGGGGCUUUUUAUAAGGCCUGUUGGGAUAUUAUUCAGGAUGAUGUUGUCAGUAUGGUUCGGAGUUACUUUGCGGGAUGGGAAUUCACCAGGGCUAUCACGCACACAUCCAUCGUCCUUUUGCCGAAGAAGCCGAGUCCAGAAACGUUCGCAGAUUACAGGCCUAUCAGUUUGUGCAACUUCAGUAGUAAGCUUAUCACGAAGCUCAUGGUAGUUCGGAUGGCUACAGUCCUGCCCCGGGUAUUGUCUCCGCAGCAGAGUGGGUUCGUAGCUGGUCGGUCUAUUACUGAUAAUGUGCUUUUGGCGGCCGAGAUAUGCCAUGGGUUGAGCUUACAGAACCGGGACAUAGUUCUUAAGUUAGACAUGGCUAAGGCAUAUGACCGGGUAUCGUGGUUUUUCCUGACUUCGGUGAUGCGCCGUUUGGGUUUCAGCGAGGUCUGGAUAGAUAUGGUGUUUCGGGCUGUGUCUAACGUGUGGUAUUCAGUGAUUGUAAACGGAGUCAAAGAAGGCUUCUUUACAUCUACACGGGGGCUCAGGCAGGGGGAUCCAUUGUCCCCGACUUUGUUUGUGAUUACAGCUGAAGUCCUGUCAGUUUACCUUGCGCGGGUUUAUGAUGGCACUGCGGUGCCCCGGUUUACACAGCCGCCAGGGACACCACAUAUUCACCACCUGGCCUAUGCGGAUGAUGUGAUUAUUUUUAGUACGGCCAGGUUGGGAGCUAUUCAGGAGGUAAUUGGUGCGUUAAAGGAGUACGAGGAGAUUUCGGUACAGUUGGUGAGCUUUCAGAAGAGUGCUUUUUACAUGCACCCUCGUACUCCGGCCUAUAAGAUUGAACAGAUUCGCAGGGCAACAGGUUGUGUGCAUAAUCAGUUCCCAUUUACUUAUUUGGGUUGCCCAGUGUAUAUUGGCCGUAAGAAAUGUAUUUACUUUGCCUCGGUGGUGGAUAAAGUGAAGGCCAGAUGGAUUACUGCGGAUUUGUCCCGAAUAGGGCAGGGCCCGCGUGAUAUCCCACUCUGGACCGUGGCGUCCGACGGUAUGUUUUCUUAUUCCUCUGCCAAGGCCUUUCUUAGGCCUGCACUGCCCACUACACCAGACCCUCUUUUAGCUAAAUGUUGGCGCAAGAACCUUCCUUUUAAGGUGUCCUUCCUGGCUUGGAGAGUGUUCCGAGGGCGGCUUCCCACGGAUGACAUCCUCGCUCGUUUCGGUCAUGUGAUCGUCUCGAGAUUGAUUGAUAUAGAGUCCACCUGGGCGAAGCUAGCUAGCUAUGUUGAUAUCUCUGUUCGUCCGCCGUGGAUUCUAGAUAGUGUGGUGUCCAGGCUUCGAUUCCUGUGUUCCUGCGGGGUAGUUACUGCUGUUGUGUGCCCGUCUAGGGCCAAUCUGCCUGCGCAGGCACUAGCUGAUUGGGUGGUUGAUAAGCCAGGUGAGGCCGUCUUUCGGAACCUCAAUGAUCUGCCGCCUAAGGUGCUGUUUCUUUGGCCUCAGAGGCAUGAACUGGUCUUGGGCUGUUUUGGUUUCGCCUUUGCAGGCAUUUUUUGGGACAGACCAGGUCUCAACGCCGAUGCAAGCGGGUGGUACUAUGAUGGUGACACGCGAGGUGUCUAUUCCUUGCUAUUUGAGCUUCGGACUAUAUGGUGGGCUGUGAAGCAGUUGGGCUACGCGUGCACUUUUCCGGAGCAGCUUCACAGGCUACUUAUUUCACAUCUUGAUGUUUAUACUCUUGUCUGCGUUCUGGCAAGGUCCGGGCGAGUGAUAGUUAAGUACUGUAGUGCUCCAACAAUCCGCCGGUACUGCGUGGGAUUUUCGAAAGGAUCUGAUGAGGGACUAGUCGGUUGCGUGACUGCUGCUGGAGUGGCCAAGGCUUUGCAAUCAAACAUGCCUGAGUGUGAUAAAAUGUCCUUCAUAUACCGCCGUUGGGAAAGAACCAAGUUGUCCCCAACUGGGAGUGUCUCAAUGCCCAAAAAAGAAACUCGGUCGGCUGAGAUCCCUAAUCUUGAAUAUCGUGGAAAGCCACAGGAGUAA